CUCCCCCCUCCCUCCCUCUCUCUCCUCCCACCUCCUCGUCGCCGUCGACGCCCUCUCACAGCACUGUCUUCGCAGAGACAGCUGCGUCCGCUCCUUUCCACCGCCGUGGUCACCCUGCAUCCGUCAUUCUUUGCAACGUCGAACAUCAUCUUCACUCGGGCGCUCUGGAGACCCACUCUCUCCCACCAGAAACCGCUAAACUAAUCGUGUAUCUAUUUUAUUUCUCAUCCCGUCUCCGCAAUCGUUGCGCGCGCUGCAUGCAACCCGCGCUGUCCUGCCACUCUGGACGAGAAAGAGUUGCUACAACGACCGUUGAGACUCAGGUCCAGACGAAAGGCUCGAACCACCGCUACAACGCCUUUAUUCUUUCCACAUGCGAAAAUCGUCCGUCCAGUGAUUUGCGCAAGCUGAGCUUCUAGCCUGUGUACAUUCGCAGGCUCCGUGUAGAAAGUCCACCGCGCGACCCCGGUGCGAGUCCACCAUGACCAACUCGUUUCACCACCCGACGCCAUCGCUCGGCGAACAGACGGCCUCUGUGGAACCGCUGUACCAGCGGCGGGGAGCACCUGAAACGGGGCACAGCAUCGAGCUGUUGCCAAAUCCAGAUUUCGUCUUCCCUGCACAGUCGUCAGAGGCAUCGCCGUCUCUGGAUAACUGGAACGCCCUGAACCGACGUCCACAGUCCUCACAGCAGAACACUCCUCUUCCUUCGUCUGGCCCAAGGACGCAUCGUUCGCGUGGAUCCGCUGCGCUUCCUGACUUCGUGUUCAACCCUUCCGCCGCGUCGGCCUCAGCGUCGCGAUCACUCGUCACACCGCCGCACUCACCAAUCCUGCCAUCACCAACAACACCCUCGCGAGCACUAGGCCACCGGAGGGGCGGCAGCGAGUUCAUUGGUGGCGACGGCAAAGGUGGUGCCGGUCUCAUGAGCACAAGUCCAACCAAGGGCGAUGUUGCCCUGCCAGUGUCAUCUACGUCCGGAAGACUCGGUCCUCCGGCUGGGGCACGCGGCCACAGGCAUCGCCGAUCGGGUGCUAUCUCGUGUCAUGACCUGCAAGCGAUUAUGGCUCCGAAGGAGUCCAUGCCGGGCAACAGAGGAGGCAGCGCGCCUGCGACACCGCUGGAGGGCGACACGAAGCCUUUCUUUGCCCAUCCGCAGCGUAGGGUAGCAUCACAGGCAGAUUUUCGUUCGAGCCCAGAGGCAACCAGAACCGACUCCACAGAUUCGCCGCCAAGAGCAGUGCCUCGUGUUCGCGUCGGUUUCUCAGACCGUGUCGAAUACAUCCGGCCGCUAUCCACAAUCUCAUCCGAGACAGAGAGCUCGUUGUCGACAAUCCGAGGGCACUCCGUCUCCAACAGUCUCUCCUCCGUCAUCAGUCUCAGCGCGUCGAGUCCACCUUCGAGCCGGGUGGUGGCACGACUGCCGCUGCAAACGACCUUCGAGGGCGACAGAUCAACGUCUCGGCCGCAGAGUUCUGGCGACGUCUUGGACGUCGCGUCAUCGAACAAACAGGAGUUUCACGUGCAGUGGGACAGCAGCAACAACGAAAGACCAAAGUCAGCCGCGUCGACGCCAGCUUCUGAGUGUCCGCCCUCUCUCAGCGCCUCGACUGAGUCGAAAUCGCCCAAGCGGCGGAGUUUUGGCUGGUGGGAGUCCAAAAAGCCUACGCACGUCUUGCGAUCCAGUAUCUCCGAGCCUUCGCUUCUUCCGUCGCCUCCAACUUCGCCUGACUCGGUAGAGAGCACAGCGUACGCCGCGCUGGGCGAAGAGCUCUCGAAUGCCAACGUAGAGAAGCAGCCCAAAUCCAAGAAGUCCAAGUCCUGGACGCGGUCCUUCAUCUCGCGCAAGUCAAGAUCUCACGGAAAUCUCAAAACAAAGCCUAUCCAAGGACGUGCACCAACACCACCGCCUCUUUCGAACGAAACUCCGGCGCCAGAGAUGAUGCCUUCACCGGCGAACGCACCGGCAGUUUUCGACGUAGAGGAUACGUUCGAGCCCAAUUUUGACAUUGACGAGACGGUAACAAUCGUCACAGAAGAGCCGCGGCCCAAUUUGAGCCUCACGCCCCUGGUGAACCGUCUACACGCCGAUUCAGACCCAAUGAGUCCUGUCAUCGAUCUGGACGCAGCGCUGGGGCCUUUCAGAACACCGCAAUUCGGUGCUAACUCGAGAGGUUCUCCGGCAAAGUCUCAGCCGCGACCGCGUCGCUCAAUGCACUCUCUGGGGUACCAGGCGUCCUUGAAUCAUCGCCGUACCGAAAGUGCUCCUGAGCUGGUUCCGUUCGAGCUACGAAAUACAAAGCUGACGCCCACGACCACCAUGCCAGAUGUGUUUGAAGAGGAGGAUGAGGAAGCAGCUGAAGAGGCGGUUGCGCCGAGCAAGCCAAGCGCUGCAGCUCCCACCAUCGCAAACGAUGAUGCUGAGUCGGCUCCCGGCAUCAAAGCCGAUGAUCUCAAAGAUGACGCUGAGACGCCCACUCGGAAACCUUCGCAGUUGAUACAGCCAACAUCGGCUGGCUCAGCAGCAAGCGGCAUUGCAAUCAUGCCAUCAAUGUCUAGCCAGCGCGUUUCCUCGGCCGUCGAGGUUGUUCAAGAUCACGAAGAGCCACGGGCUUCGUCCCUGGGCCGCGAUUCGGACUCGACAAUCACGCCUCCCCUAACGGCCGAGGAUGAGAAGGCGCCGAGACCGCUUAUGAACUUGCAGCUCCCCCAUCCAAGCCAAGCGCUCAUGACGCCGGACACGCUAACUGCCUCAUCAUUUUCCAGCCGGCAUUUCAGCAACAGCCAAGUAUCGCUGAGCACGCCACGUCUUGGUACCGCAACGUCGUCCAUGACGGACAACCGAUCCAUCUCAUUUGGCGACGCUGGACCGCCCGUUCGCAUGUCUGUGGACGACGUGCCGAGCCUGUCGAGUAGCCGUUCGACUAUGACUACACCGCCGCAGUUUCCGUUUAUGUUCGGUGGCUCGUAUGGCUCUAGUUCCGAAGGCAGGAAGUCAUCUGUGGCUUCGAUCCCGAGCCUAGAUGAGGCCCGACGAAGGAGUAAACGCGCCAGCGUGGCGAGUCUGUCGCGUUUAGUAGGUGUUAAGAGCAAGUUGUCCAUCGAAACUCGGCCGCAAUCACAGCACAUCAUGUCGACGUCCAUGUCGCCUGUCAAGACGAAGAAGACAAAUCGCCUCAGCAAGCUGAUGCACUUUUGGAAGAAGCAACCUUCUGGAUCUCGACGAGGCUCUCUCGCGUAAAGUUUUGUCUUGAAGCUUUGCAAUAGUGUCAAGCAUCCAUCACGCACCUGCCCUUUUCUGUGGGACCAAAAUAAACGUCAGGCGACAUGAAUCCUAUCCGAUGGCUUCACGCCUUGACUAUUGUUCUUUUUAACUAAUGUAUGAAUUUCGAUUUGCAUGAUGGAUGGUCACGGUUCCCAAGAAAACGAUCAUUUGAAAAUUCCUUCAGUACAGCACAGCGAUUGAGCCUGAUUACCUUUUGAGGGGACUUUUGCUGCAGUCAUUAACCGGCUGGCGAUCUCCUUUUUCUUUCCACGUCUCAAGGCGGUUCUCAUCUAUUCUAUUUGUUCACGAUCGAGCGGGUUACACAUUCAGGGCCACCUGGCCACGCACUUUUCACGACGACAUCGAGACAUGAGCCAGCUAGGAAGCUUCCAACUUAGGGUAGGAACGGAGCGGGUACAAGUCUUUGUCCAUUAUUUUGAAAGUAUUAUUGCUUUGCUACUUUUGUUUAUUUUCCGGGUCCAUACGGCUUGUAGAAAGAUAUACCACAGAGACUCUGCAUUCCGGGCGGCCCACUUCUGCUUGACCAAUUUCUCUCCUUUCUCCUUAUGGGCGGCGUACAAGAACGCGCGUAACCCACCGACGACGCUCUGCGGAGCGCGUCUUUUCCGUAACGGCCUUAUAUAAAACCACGUUAUAACAAAGUAACCAGAUUUUGUAUCUUCUUGGACGGUUCAUUGGACUACUGUUUUAAUUUCCUAUCUGAUAGCUCUGCUAGGCGCACUUGAUGAAAUGGAGGACGUUUUUCUUUUCCUUUUUUUUUUUCCUCUCCCCAGGGGAUUGCUGGUGGGUCGGGUGCAGAGGAGCUGGGGUCUGCUGGGAACGGGCCAGGAUUUUUUGGUCUUCGAGGACUAAUGGUCUUUGUUUACCUCUUUCGACCAUGCGGAAGGAACACUAGAAGUUUGGGUGUCGAAGCGCGUUGUUUAGUUUGAUUUUCUGUUGUAUGCUUGUUCACAGCUCCCCAGAACAAGCUCUGUGACUAUGUAGCAAGCAAGAGGAAGUACAUAUGCAGAAGGGAAGAUGAUUGAUGUUUGGCUCGUCGGUAGGAUCGAUAAGGAAAAAAACGUAAUUCUCCCGACGGGGAAAGCGAGGCCGUGAACGAACAACACAUGAGAUCAAGAUAUCGAAUCUCUUUAUUUGAAA